AAUUGAUGGCAUUUUCGUAAAUUAUAUGAACUUGUGGGGUGAAUUGGACAAAACCAAUUUUCAAAAAAAAAGGAGUUUAGUUUUGUGUUUGACUUUAAGUUGUAGGUCAAUUUUGCAAAAAUCCCUUAACAAUACAACUUAAGUCUCAGUGAGAUUAUCUUCACAAAUGGUUAAUCAAAAUGAAUUAAACUAAAGAAAAGAAAAGAUGAGUUGUUAAAAUUUGUUUAGCAAAAAUGUUGGAUCUGACUAUCUGAGUCUACUACUAUAUAAAAUUUUAAAGUUUGUAAAAGAUACGUAAGUUUACUAGAUUUUAAAUAAGUCAUUCCAGAAGAUUUUGAAGUCUACCGAAUAGAAUUUGAAAUCUGACAAAUAGUAUUGGAAAUUGGUGUUUUGAAAAUCUUGGUAUAAUAUUUCAGUUAUUGAUAUUUUGGAUUUAUAGCCAAUCUCCUCAACUUUUUUUUGUUAAUGGUGUUUUGCUUAUUUAAUUCUUUUUCAGACAAUUCAACAACUAUUUCAAUUGAUCAACCUAGAAUAAAGAAACUAUGUGAUCAACCUAGAAUCAACGUUAGAAAAAUGAAAGGCUGUGUAAAAACUACUAUUUGAUAUAAAUCUCUUACAUAACAAUUCAUGAAUCCGUCGAAUCUACCACAACAUGUCAACAUUGUUACAAAAAAUGCAAACAUAUAUCAAAUUAUUAUCACCGGUGUUCUAAAAUACGGUCUAGGCAUCCGCCUAGGCGACGUUUAAGCGCUAUACGAUAACCAACCGUACUGUUUUUAUGUUAUACAGUGUUUUAUGAGGAUUUAUAUAAUUCGGGCGAAUAAUAGCGUUUAGGCAGACAUAAUGUGGUCUAUACAGACGCCAGUCGGAUUUUAAGUAUUAAUAUUCAAAAAAUAAACUAUUAAUAUUAUUAUAGUUUAUUAAUGUUAUUAUUUAUAUUACCCUUAUAUGAUUGUAGAUAAUUAGUAUAAUUGUUGCAAAAAUCAUUUUAAAUUUAUCAUCUUCAUAUAUUUAAAAUGGCUUUAAUUUUUAUAAUUUAAAAGUAUUUAUAUAUGUUAAACUAUAUACUUAUACAUAAAAGUGGAUUUAAAAUAUAUUUAUGUUCAGUUUUUUCAAAAAUAAUGUAUAUAUGUUAAUCUUAUACUAUAUUUCGUGUAAAAGUAUAUAUCCGUAUAUAUCCGGUUAGGCGUCCGUUACGGCUAGGCUAACGCGUAAUGCCUACCCCGUUGUAGAACAUUGAUUAUCACAAACACAAGACCGUUAAAAUCAUAUGACAAUUAUUUAUUGAUAUACUUUGCUGCGUUUUUGUAAACGUUUCUCACACAAAUGAUUAGCUAUACCACUAUAGCUACUUACAAGCUCACUAACGUGUUGUCUUCUUGCUCUGUGCCCACCCAUUAGUCUCUCAGUAAGCAGAACCACUCACUUCCCGCCCUAUGGAUCCUAUCAUACCACAACCGUUCGGAGUCUGCCACGUGGUAGCCAUGCCUUGGCCCGGAAGAGGCCACAUCAACCCCAUGAUGAACUUCUGCAAACGCCUCCUCCUCCGAGACCCAACCCUCAUCGUCACGUUCGUCGUCACCGAAGAAUGGCUCGGCUUCAUCGGGUCCGACCCGAAGCCCUACCGUAUCCACUUCGCCACUCUCCCAAACCUCAUCCCCUCCGAGCUAGUCCGUGCCAACAACUUCACCGGCUUCAUCGACGCCAUCUACACCAACUUGGAGGAACCCUUCGAGCACUUACUCGACAGCCUCAGCUCCCCGCCUCCCACCGUAAUCAUCUCCGACACUUUCGUCCUCUGGGCAGUGAGUGUCGGCACACGGAGGAAUAUUCCGGUAGCUUCUUUCUGGACCGAGUCAGCCGCGAUCCUCUCCCUCUUCGUCCACUCCGAUCUUCUCGCAGCUCACGGCCAUUUUCCGACCGAACCAUCAGAGACGAAAGAAGACGAAGUUGUUGAUUACAUUCCCGGUUUAUCUCCGACGCGACUCCGUGACUUGCCGGAGAUCUACCACGGCUUCAGCCACCAAGUGUUCAACAAGUUUAAGCCUUGUUUCGACGAGCUCUCCAAAGCUAAGUAUCUUCUCUUCCCUUCUCCUUACGAGCUGGAACCAAAAGCUGUAGACUUUUUCACUUCCAAGUUUGAUUUCCCGGUUUACACCACCGGUCCGUUGAUACCAUUCGAAGAACUCUCCGCUGGAAAUGACGUCAUCAAACCUGAGUACAUUCAAUGGCUUGACGGGCAACCGGAAAGCUCUGUGCUUUACAUAUCUCAGGGGAGUUUUCUUUCGGUUUCGGAAGCUGAGAUGGAGGAGAUAGUGGGAGGAGUGAGAGAGAGUGGAAUCUCUUUCCUUUGGGUGGCACGUGGGGGCGAGUCCAAGCUUAAGGAGGCUCUUGAAGGUAGCCCGGGUGUUGUGGUAAGCUGGUGCGAUCAGCUGCGAGUGCUGUCCCACAAAGCUGUAGGCGGGUUUUGGACGCAUUGCGGGUUUAACUCGACGUUGGAAGGGAUAUAUUCUGGAGUACCGAUGCUGACGUUUCCGUUGUUUUGGGAUCAGUUUUUGAAUGCUAAGAUGAUUGUUGAGGAUUGGAGGGUGGGGAUGGGGAUCAAGAGCGAUAAGAAGACGGAGUUGGUAAGGAGAGACGACAUAAAGGAGUUGGUGAAGAGGUUUAUGGAUGGAGAGAGUGAAGAAGUGAGAGAGAUGAGAAGAAGGGCUUGUGAUCUUAGUGAGAUAUGUAGAGGAGCUGUUGCGGAAAGAGGUUCUUCUGAUGUUAAUAUUGACGCUUUCUUGAAAGAUAUUACCAAGAUCGUGUGAGCUUUAUGUUGCAUGUUUUAAAAUUGUGAUCUAUGAGUAUGUAUGAGUUCGUAACGACUCGAACUUUGUCGAGAUAUGUAUUAAAUUUGUAUGUAUCAUUUUUUUGGGAAAGACGGUACAGAUGACUCUAAAAUUUAUAUCAGUGCCAAGGACUAAUUACAGAAACU